GCUUCUUCCUGCUGAUUGGCUUAAUGUUAUGGAGUCGACUGAGGGCGCACUUUUAAGAGCGGUACCCAAAUCAUGCGCGUACGAUGUAACACAAAAUACAAAGGAGCACCAGUCUCGGCGAGAGGAAACGCGUGCGAAACGUCUGAACUGUCAAUGACUGUCGGAUGGGAUAAAAGUUUGUUUUAAUUGUCUUCCGUAAAUAAUGGAUAAUGACGGCGACGUUGAGGAGGAGCAGUUAAGGAAGGACAUUCUCCAGAUAAACCAGGUCCUUGGCGACGAAGACGACGAAGGGGACGAUAGUGACAUUGAUUUUGUGAUUGAUGAAAGAGACACAACACAACGGGCUAAUGAAGAGCUGCAUUUGCAUGAACUUGGUGUUGACCAAGAACUGUGUGAAGAGGACGCAGGCUUUCCAGAGACAUCUGAUGAAUGCUCUGACCAGCAGUUGUUACUGAUCAAUCAAGAAAGUCAAAAGAAUCUGCAAGAUUUGUUGGCCAGAGUGCAGGAGGAACUUGCCAGAAACCAAGCAGAGCAGGGAAAAGUUUCUGCCAACCCAAGUGAUCAUGAACAGAAGAACUUUGACUUGUGUGUCCGACGACUCUUCAGGAGUUACUUUGAAGACCGUGCUGGAAGGACACCUCCUCACAAUCAUGAGACGAUACAGAAGAAGGAAGCCAACAUGCCCAACCCAUUUGAAGGACCACGGAUAAAAUGGAAGAAGGAACAAGAAGAGACACUAGCGGAAGGUAUCAAGACAGACGGACUCAAAAGGAGGUUGCAACCCAUCCUGAAUCGCCAGGAGGUUCUGGAGGAUAAGAUUGAUCGAUUGAGCCUCCCAAAGGACCUGGAGAAAGCCUACGAAGAAAUGAGAGAGAACAGAAAGAAAAUUGUCAAGAUAGAGGAUCUACCAGACUCGGAGUUUGUAGGCGAUCGAUUCCGAGACGUUGAUUGGGAAUGCAUAGCCAGUGUUGAUUUUGAUGGAGAGCGCACAGGGGAAGAGUGCCAGCUACAUUGGCAAAACCAUUUAUACCCAACCAUCAAUCACGAGACAUGGGAGGAGACAGAGAUGAAAGAUUUGUUGAAGGUGGCCGCCGAGCACGAGCAUAGAGACUGGGCAGAGAUAGCCGAAGCGCUAGGGACGGGAAGGACAGCCAUGCAGUGUUUGUCGAUGUAUCAACAACUAGACGACACCUUUGUCAAUCCUAUUUUCAGCAAAGACGACGACGAGUUACUUCACGAAUUGGUCAGAAGGUUCCAAAUGGGCAACAAGCAUAUUCCAUUUGCCAAAGUGGCUUACUUUAUGGAGGGUAAAACUCAGCAUCAAGUUACUUGCCGCUGGGUAAAGACUGCUGAUCCAGAUAUCAAGUUUGGAAAAUGGAGCAAAGAAGAGUUAAAUAAAUUCCAUAAAAUGGUAGAGCGGUAUGGAGCUAGGAACUGGUCUCGACUGGCUGAAGAGUUUCCCGGAAGGACACAGUAUCAACUCAGGCAAAGAUGGGCAAAUUUGUCUGCUCCUGAUAUCAAACACGGCUCAUGGGACUACCAAGAAACCAUCAGGUUCCUCAAGAAGGCACAGGAAAUUGGAAUCGGUAAAUGGGCUGUGAUCGCUGAAGCUUUGAAAGAGCCAGGAGAAAAACGCAGGACAUCGGCUUUACUUAUGCGAUUCAAAAUAGUGGUAAGAUCUUAUUUGAACUGGAAGUCUAGAACCAAUCCCGAGGAAAACAAUAACCUUGGAGCGGAUGAUCUCUAUAGCGGCACGUUUUUACCUGGCUUGAUAGCUUUCAUUGAGAUGAGAGAGAAGCAAAAGGCUGCGUUGGGGCCUUCCCUUGUGUACCGUGAUCAUAGGGCCAAGGGUCAUCGGGCAAGACGCAGACAUGAAGAGGAUGGUGACGACGAAGAUGAUGAGAGUGAUGACCUAGAUAACAUCGAGGAGCAAACUCAACCGGUAUGCAUAACAGCAAGACAGAAGGCAUUGGCACGGAAGAAAGGCCUCUCUGUGCCAGCGUCAGCCGCAGAGAGAACAGUUGAUGCUGAACAGGGAGCGGCAAGACUGAUGACACAAGCAAGGAUCAACCAUCAGAGAGAGCAGACACUGGAUGAGGACUUACCAAGUGCUGAUGAUCAGGAAGAUGAAGAAGCCAGCCCACUUGAUGAGAACAGUGAAAAAGAAGACGAAGUUUCUUGCUCCUCCACGAGAAUUGUUCCUUCUCAUACUGCCAACUUGACCAACGUAUAUGGCCCCCGUGGUUUAGCAAGAUGGCUGAAAAAAAUCCACGCCGCCAACGCCGCGCGGGCAGCGCAAGUCGCUGCCAAAUCCAAAAGAAAAGAACAAGAGCGAAAACAAAAAAGGACACACCAGAAGAUGGACAAGUCUACCUUCCAAGCGAGUGAGAAGUCGACAUUUGAUGUUCAGACGAGCAUGAUUUAUGUUAAUCAUAAAAGAUGUGGAGGGGUAGGGCGGAAGCCCCUGACAUCGACUGAUCACCAACUGUUUCAGGCUGUGGACCCUAUGUGGUUGUGUCGCAAUGGAAACUCAGGCCGACCUACAAGACGCACUGCUCAAGCACAAGAACGUACCAGACAGGAGAAGCUAUGUCGGGAUGAUCAGAGAGCAAUGUUUGGACUACUGCUCAAGGUGUUUGAUGUCGAUUUAAACUUCACAACAGCAAUUGCCAGACGAAAUCUGACAAAGUCUAAGGUGGCUGACAAAAAAGAAAAGGAGGACUCGGUGGAGAAUGUUUCUCGGGACCAAACUACUGGAACAGGGAACCCGCCAGCAUCAUCAGGAAGUCGCAUCGAUACCACUGGUCCUACCAGAGAAAUAGUGAGGAUGCCACAGGGAUUGACAAGUGGCACCCAAGUAUUGAACACAGGCCCUCAAGGUGUGAUGAAUCGCACUCCAGGAGUGCCUGUUAGCCCUCAAGAAGUGCCUAGCUCACAAGGAGUGACAGUCAGCCCGCAAGGGGUGACCACACAAGGGUCUGACGUAGAAGAGACUACAUCUGAUGGAGAAUGGAUGACUGUUAAGCAACAACUGAAGCGCAAACGAUCCAAAGAAGCACGAUCUACCACAGUGUGUCAGAACAGUCAAAAUGCUAAUGCUGCCCCAGCAUUGAAUUCCAAUUGUAAUGCAGGUUUGAACCAGAAUAAUCAGUUGGGUUUGAAGCCUGUACCUCAACAUCCGCAGCAACCUCAAUCUCAGUUGCUUUUGCUCAGAAACAAUCUUACAGGACAAUUGGUUCUGGUUAAGGCAUCCACACCAUCGGCUGUAACUCAUCCAAACACUGCAGGAGCUGCCCCUCAAAUUCAGACCCAAUCUACUCUGACUCCAGGCAGUUCAUCAGCUGUACAAGUUGAUACUCAAAAUCAAGGAGGUUCUUGUCUCAUCCAACCCAGUGUACCUUACCAAAUGCAUCCACCUCAAAGCGUUCAGACUGCACCAGUUCCGGCCUUUGGGUCGCCUGUUAGAUCUGCGCAGGUGCUUGGACAGCAAGGAGCGUCACCUGUAGUCAUUGCAAAUCCUCCGAAUCCGUUGAUGGUUGGUGUUCAAGGUGGCACGGCACCUGUAAUGUCUUUCUUCACUUUGCCACAACAACCUGUGCCUCGUGAUGGAUUGGGAAAUGUACAGGUGCCAGCGCGACAAGUGCAACCUGUCAUGAAUGUUGUUGUUGCAAACGGCCAACAGCCGCAAGACCAAGCGACUCUUAAAUUCCAAGUGCCAAAACAGGCAAAUUCCCCCUUGCCACCAGGUUUGACAGUUACUCCGCCGGCUCUUCGGCAAACAACACCUGCUGUCUCCGCUUCCGCAGUGUGCAGUGAGUCCUCAAAAUUUGUUGAAUUGCCUCUACGCGACGGGUCCAAAUUUGCUCUUACAUUGGAUCAGUACAAAUUGUUUAAAGCAGGUAAGCUAGGAGAUGUAUCAUGUCCACUCUUGACUCCAACCAGAAAAGUUGAGGACAAACAGCCGGAUGCAGUGUCGAGUCAGUCUGAGAAGACGGCGGCCCAACAGCUGAACAGUGAACAAGGGCCUGAGCAGACUCAGUCUGGAGAGGAACAAGAAAGAGAACGCUCUAAAUCUCCAGUGCCAAACUUGGAUCCACCAGAGUUUUCGAGUCCUGGAAGGAGCGGCAAAAGCAAAAAAUGGAAACCACUCAAACGGAAGUUACAUACCCAGGAUAUCUCACUUCUGCCACCAAAUGUGGCAACGCUUCAAGCUCUGACGUCACUACUGCUUGACCGUAAAAAUCUUGAAAAGCAGCGCGAUCUUUUCAUUGCUGAAUUUGAAAGGCAGGUAAAGAAGCAACAGGAAGACAAAAGAGGGAGCGCCUGCUUCAAAGGUUACCUUGAGAGUAGAAACACUGCUCAAGUAGAGUCAAGUCAAGGAAGCAAAUCCACAGGUACCCCUCAGAAAGCAUAUCCAAAUGGCUGUAUGAGUCAAGACAGUGAUACAGACGCAUCAUCACAUCGGUUAUCAUCUGACAGCUCUAUUCCCUCCUACUCCAGUAGUCCAAAAGCCAAAGAUCCUCAGCAGAGUGUCUCGUCUCAAAUACUGGAAGGCCAGAUGGAUGCCCUAAGAAAGUCAGACUUGUACAAGGUCCUUUUAAAACGAUUCCUCUCCCUAUUUCUCUGGCCAGGACUUCUGUCUUCAACUCGAAUUAGAGGCAGUCUCAGCACAACCAGUCAAACCUCUUAUAUAACUGAUCAGCCUUUUGUGAUGACAGGGACAAGUAAGCCAUGUACUGCCUCAAAUCCAGAGAAAUCCCAAAAGGAAGCUCCUCCCACUUCAAAGGAGGCAAGUGUCGGAACCAAAAACAAAAAGGCAACAACUUCCAAAGAAGGAAACCAGACUGAAAUAGAUGAUGUAAAUCUUGUCUGCACUAAAGAAACAGAAGUCAACAGAAGUCAAGAAGAAACGAUGGAGACAGCAACGGCCUCUCAUUGCCAUAGUGAUGAAAAGAGAGCGAACGUCAAUGUUAUGGCAUCUGGACUAAAGAGAAAAGCUGCAGAUUCUAUGUCGACUUGCAAUGGCGAAGAACAAGAUACAAAUGGUAAAGGAAACAGUGAUGCUGCAGAUGGUUUAAGACAUAAAAAGAGGAGAGCUGCUGUUUGCGGGGCUGGAGAUGCAACCGUCUAAAAUGUCUAGAAGACAACCAACUUGGACUCUGACUUGAAGGAAAGUGAAGAGCAGGUAUGUUGCUGAUAUUUAGGAAAGAUGUUUCAGGAUGCCAAGGAAAGUAUAUUUUCUGAUUUUUUUUUCUUAUUGGACUGAAUUCCAAAGGGAGAAACCUUCUGGGCCUUGGUAAAAUAUAAACUUAAACUUAUAUAAAUUCACAAUUUAUAAGAAAUACAUAUGUUUUUCUUAUUUUGUUAUCUUGGUUAUUUAAGUGAAAUUCAUUUUCCCUGAUCUAGGUAAUAAUUCAAAAGUGUGAUGUAGAAUGUAAGAAGAAAUGACGUAUUAAAAAUUUCCUUGCAAACA